AUGAAGGCUCUCCUGACUCUGGGGCUUCUCCUCCUCUCUGUGGCCGUCCAGGCCAAGGUCUAUGAGAGGUGUGAGCUGGCCAGAACCUUGAAAAGACUUGGAAUGGAUGGCUACAGAGGAGUGAGCCUGGCAAACUGGAUGUGUUUGGCCAGAUGGGAAAGUAGUUACAACACACGAGCUACAAACUACAAUCCUGGAGAUAGAAGCACUGAUUAUGGGAUAUUUCAGAUCAAUAGCCGCUACUGGUGUAAUGAUGGCAAAACUCCAAGAUCAGCUAACGCCUGUGGCAUAUCCUGCAACGUUUUGCUUCAAGAUGACAUCACUCAAGCUGUAACCUGUGCAAAGAGGGUUGUCAGGGAUCCACAAGGCAUCAGAGCAUGGGUGGCCUGGAAAACUCACUGUCAAAACAAAGAUCUCACUCAGUAUGUCCAGGGUUGUGGAGUGUAA